ACGCAUCAAUAACAAAAAUUGGCAACGCGCGUGCGUGUGCUGAAUUUGAAACAUAAAAAUAAAGUCUAUCAAAAUUUUAGUAGGUUUUUCGUUUAAUUGUAAUUUAUUUUAUAAACAGCAAAAAAAUACUAAAACUUAGAAAUGUGAAAUUAUUAGUGUUGACAAUUUACACUUCGUUAGUAAAUUCCAUCGGCGAAGAGAUUCUGACCUAAGUCAGCCAUGGAGCCAGAAGACGAGUGUGGGGUUUCCCAAAAACUGCCACCCGAUGAUAUUCCAAAAGUACACAUUCACCGUCCACACACCAGUCCACAUGUAUCGUCAGACACGUCGAAUCCGUCUACAUCAGGCCUUAACACAACAGACAAGCACAACGAAGACAUAAUGCGAAAAAAUGAAGAUGAAGCCCCAGUCAAAGAAAACGAGGGCUCCGUUUCAGACUGGAUAUCGGGAGGACCUCUCGGCUCUAAAGGAGCCGUACUGGUGUUCAGAUCAUGCGUCCUAGCAUCCAGGACGCCCUCCAUGGAGUCCGAAACAAAAACAAUCGGGAACAACACUGGGACUACCAUACUACUGAACAAAGCGAAGAACAUGGCAAAAAGAUUGGUCGCUGAGCCGCACUCCUUCUCAAUGAGACCGAAGACCAUAAUGCACGACGUGAUGGAGACGUUCGGGAGUAGCACCAAGUACACUGGCCAAGCGUACGUGGUCCGGCACGUGAGUGAUCAGAACUUGCCCGAGACGGUGUGUAUGGACGAACAGGGCCACGAGGAACGGGAUCCGAUGGCGCACAAGCGGGACAUAGAGGACGUGCUCAAUGAUCUGAGCAAGAUAACCCUAAAGAAACACUUGAAUAUAGAGAAUACGACUGCUAAUAUCAAGCCUCCUGAAGAACCACCACCUCAUGCUCACGCUGGCAAAGAUGGGAAGGAUGACAAAAAAGGGAAGAAAAAUAAGGGUAAGCACAAGCGCAAGGCACCAGUGUCGCAGCGUGCGAACUCCCCUUCCCUGGAUAGCGACGACUCCGAACACUUGCUCAUCAAGGAGGUCGAGAGUAUCAAGGUCCUGGAAAGCAGCCACAUGCCAGCGCGUCUCCUAAAAAUAACCUACAAACUAGUGAACACGGAGACCAAACUCCUCCACCGGUUGCUCCAAGCCCACGGGCUCCAGGAAUCGGCUCCAGAAUCCAAGGACUGCAACCUUCUGUGGUCAGGACUCCACCCCAAGCCUGAUGUUCUGAGGUCCCUGUCGCCGUACCAGCGAGUGAAUCACUUCCCAAGGUCCUACGAGCUAACCCGCAAAGACAAGCUCUUCAAGAACAUAGAGAAGAUGCAGUACUUCCGAGGGUUGAAGCAGUUCGACUUCAUCCCCACCACAUUCCUCAUGCCGGCUGAAUACAAGGAGUUGUGCUCCACACAUUAUAGGACUAAGGGUCCUUGGAUUGUGAAGCCAGCGGCUUCGAGUCGCGGGCGAGGGAUUUAUAUUGUUAAUUCUCCCGAACAAAUCCCCAAAGGCGAGAACGUAGUAGUAGCAAAAUACAUAGACAAGCCCCUCCUAAUAGGGGGUCAUAAAUGCGACCUCCGACUCUACGUGUGCAUGACAUCCAUCGACCCCCUACUCAUAUACUUGUAUGAGGAAGGCCUCGUACGCUUCGCUACUGUCAAAUAUGAUAAGACGAACAAGAAUCUGUGGAAUCCUUGCAUGCAUCUGUGUAAUUACAGCAUCAAUAAGUACCAUACGGAUUAUAUCAAAUGUGACGACCCAAACGCCGGUAACAUAGGCCACAAAUGGACAUUAUCUGCGCUACUCCGUCAUUUGCGCAAACAGGGACGCAAUACCACUGCGCUAAUGGCGGCCAUUGAAGACCUCGUGGUUAAGUCCAUACUGUCCUCUGCGCAAACCAUCACGGCGGCUGCUAGAGUAUUCGUGCCCAACUUCUUUAAUUGUUUUGAAUUGUUCGGCUAUGACAUCCUGAUCGACGAUAUGCUGAAACCGUGGCUGCUUGAAAUCAAUCUGUCUCCAAGCUUAGCAUGCGAGAGUCCGCUGGACGCUCGUGUGAAGUCAGCACUACUGGCGGACACGCUGACGCUGGUGGGGCUGCCGGCCGUGCCCAUGUGCAAGCCCGACAUCUCCGCGCAGACCAACUCGCUCAAGAUGCGGAUAGGCGCGUGCCGUCGAGUCCACUCGGCCGAAAACGUAUGUGUCCGCGGCAAGCGAGCGGCCGCCGACACGAGCGCGGGCGCGGCGGGGCCGGCGGGCGCGGGCGCGCUGGCGGCGCUGACGGGCGAGGAGCUGCGCCUCGUGCGGGCUGUGCGAGCGCAGUACGCGAGGAGGGGGGGCUUCGUCAGGAUAUUCCCCUCGCAGAACUCCUGGCAGAAGUACUCGCAGUAUUUAGACCCAGUGACAGGCAUCCCCGUAUGUUCGACAUCGCUGAACAACAACAUCCCGUACCAAGUGGUACAACACAACUACAAUCUGCUGGUACACUCGCAUGUACUGCCGCACUUCCAGCACGCUACUGUUGCCACCAGUCUUACUGAUACGCCGCAGAGGUUGAAACGCUACGAGGCAGUAAGCAUCACGUGCCAGGCGCCGGCGGUGUGGCUCGGGGAGAGCACCCCGCAGCAUCACGACACGCGACGCGCCAAGGAGCUCGUCAAGCGGCAGCUCAUGCAGGGCAUGAAGCUCACUAUGGGAGAGGCUCGUCGCGCCUUCGGUCUAUUCCUUACCCACGUGCUGAAGCGAGUAUCCUCCCCCUGCAACGAGCUGGCAGUCCAGCACGCCGCCCUCGUGCUCCGGUUCCUCAAGCGAGCCUCCGCGUCGCUCCGAAUGCCGUACAAUGUAAAGGGUCCGCCAGUGAAAAUGUGCGACAAGGACCGUUGCGCCGUCAUCGCUAAGCAGCUCAAUGAUUUCCUGUACAUGUACUACAGAGAAACUGAUCUGUAUACCGACAGCGAAGAUAAAGAGGGAUGCGUCUCGAAUAUACAUUUUGCGCAGUUCCUGUAUUCCGCGAGCGAGGCCGACCUAGAAGACGUUCUCCUCCUCCAACUGAAGAUGGAGAACUAUCAGACCACAUUCCUGGGGGAGCCUCGCAACCUGUUCUGCGUGGACCUGCCGCCCAGCAAGCUCUGCGCCGAGCCGCCCGCCCGGCACACGCUGCUCAGGCACCUCGCCUGUCUCUCGCCUAACAAUACUAGGAAGUACAGGCCAUCGGCGGAAUCGCAGAGUCGUCUGGAAUCAGAGACGGAUAGCGAGCACGUGGCGGCGGCUCCCUUCGCCAGCUCCGACCUCGUGCUCAAGGAGUCGCUCAAGGAGGAGAAGCCUCUCACGCAAGCCUUGAAGUAUGCAAGGUCAUAACCUAGAUAAGUUGUUAACUCUUACUAACUUAGGGUGUAGGGGGCAUUUAAGACAAGUUGACAAGCAAUAUAAAUGUCUGUUUUGCUUAAUUAAAACAGCUGUUUACUUUGUUUGAACGUAAUGGUUAAUUAUAAUUUGUAAACAGUUCAUCAUUCUCCUGCCCUUAUACCAAUUUUUUGAGAUCGGCGCAGCUUGUUUUUAAAUUCAUAGUAAACAGUUGUUGUAAGAAAACUGACGUUUAUACUGUCGGUCAGUUUGGGUUUACACGAUAUUUCUCUAUUUUCUUACCAUCAGAACACAAAAUUGUCUGCUGUACUGAAAACGGUUUUACCGUAUCCUCACAGGCGUAAGGGAUCUAGUUAUUGCGGCUUCAAAUAAUUAUCUGACUCAUACGUGACAAUAUAAUUUACAUAAUGUUAAAAAAUAUUUGUCAAUUCAGUCAGCACCCUUUUUGUGAAGCACGUAAUACUAGAACCUAACCUAUGUCACACUACGCCCGGGACAUACGUCCUCUUAUAGAGGUUUAAUCAACCCUUUUCAAGCUGUUUAGUAUAAAAAGAAAAAUUAAGCCACUCUGCUCAACCAAAAAUCGACCUUAAAAAUAUCAACAUAAGAAAGUUUUCCCCUACAUCUUAAAUCAGUAAGAUAACUUUAAUUCCCGCUAGUCGAACUCCUUGCUAGAUACCUGCAUUCGUGUUUCCUCGUCUUUGCUUCACCAUAUCCACUUGCUUGAAUACUAAUUGCCCAUACAACGUACAAAUUAUACCAAAACUAGAUGUUAAUAGUAAUAAACAAAAUGUAAAGCUUACUAUCACAUGAAAACGUAACGUCAGAUUUAUAUAUAACUUUGAAGAUUUCACAAAAAAUAUGAGCUAUAUUAACUUGAUAACAGGAAAUUUGCGUGCAUUUUUUUUAAUUUUAUGAAUUAUUUAAGUAGAACACAAUUAGGUGUUUUAAAUAAUUGUGUUCUCAAAUACUUUAUGUAUAGAUACUGUAAAUUGCAAUCAUUUAUGUGAUUAAAUUAUAAAUUAAAUAUCUUAUUUCUGCACGCAACUAUACAAAACUUACUCGAACCCCAAAUGGGCUUUUGCCAAAAUUUUCAAACACAUACCGUGGGAACUACUUCGCUCCCCCGAAUAAAAAGCUAGCCUAUAUCCUUUCUCGAUAAAUGCUCUAUCUAGCACUGAAAGAAUUUCAAAUCAGACCAGUAAGUUCCUGAGAUUAGAGCGUUCAAGCAAAUAAACUCUUCAGCUUUAUAUGUAAUAUUAGAAUAGAAGAAAUAUGAUCUGACGAUAUCGUCAUGUUAUAAUAAGCUACCAACCAAACAUUAAAACAAGCUUAACAUAGAAUUACCAACUAAGUAAAAACUCAAACAAAAUAAAUGUCAGUUCAGUAGUUUGAAAAAAAUGUCGCCACCACCCACGACUGCCUUCUUACAGUACAAUCAGCACGGUUUGCCUUCUAAACUUAGCAAUAAUUACUGUAACAAUAUACAUACCUAUAAGACAUGAUCUAUUUACCCGGCACUAGAUUAUAAAAUGAAGGUGCUAUAAGCUAUUAACUGCGAUUCCUAUAAGCUGUCUAUACUUUGAUUUGAGAUUGGCAUUUGUCAAUUUAUAUGGAGCUAAUCCCUAAUCGUCAUUGAUAUGCCAAAGGAUAGAUAUUUUAUAGAAAUCCACCAUAAAUGAUUCAGUUGUAGAUAAGUGGCUAUUGUAGGCGAUAUGACGGAACGAUCGUUUAUGAACUUUAUGAUGAUACAUUAAAAUUGUAUAGAUGUAGGUGCGACAAGGGUGAAGCUAUUGAUGUUUAGAAUUUUAUCUUUGUUUAAAUCUGAAUUACUUUUAAAUUUCAUAGUACUUACAAACAUGGCCCUUAAGAACUAAUAAGGAAUUUUAUCCUACUUUGCGGCUUUCUUAAGGCGAAAAAAGUGAAGAUUCUUCUUCUUUUUUCAUUAAAAGAAUAAAUAAUGUUCUACUAAAUGAAAAACUUGUGGGCCAUUUUAAAAAUCCUUGUCUCUGGCACGUCGUAUCGUCUAUGGUUGCUAUCCAAAUUGCUAUGGACUGAAGAAGUAUCGAAAUGUACUUAAAUACAAAACAAGGGGUCUGGUACGAAAUUACUAUUGUAAUUGUAACGUUAAGUAAACGAUUUUGUAUCAUUGAAGCUAUGACUUUAUAGACUUUAGUCACCAAGAAACUUUUGAGUACCCAGAAAAUCGUUACCGUUAGGUAGUUUCCAGUCCUACCCUACCUCGUAAUCUUUCGCAUUAUUGCAAUAGUAAGUUCGUGCUUGACCGACAGCUCUCGACACGUUGUGAAUUUAAAUUAAUAUUAUGAAUAACAGAUAGCUUGCUCUAUGGUCACAUGUUAAUCUAUGAUUUUAAUGUUUUUAGUAUUGUUAUUUGAGACCUAUUUUAUAAAUAUAACAAAUAGGGAACUUGACAAAUCUAUUAUAAAAUAAUAAUUAUUUUAUAUGCUUUCAUUCGUAAUAUUUAUUCAAUAGGUCUCAAUGUAGGCAUGCAGUCUAGACUUUAGCGAGUAAUCUCUACAGCCUUAAAAUGAAAAAAAAAAUGUCAGACGGAUAAACGUGGGCGAAAGAUUUUUAUAUCGGCAUUUAAGAUACUAUUGAAACUUCUAAGUAUGUACUUAAAAGGGAUAGGAAAUGCAUCAUUUUGAACAUGUCAUUAGAUAAUAUGUAUAAUGAAUUUUAAUUAUUAUACUUUUUUUGUAAAAUUCGCGUGAAGCUGAGCCUUAUCCUAUAUAAUAUAGUAUUGUAUUGUACCCCGUUGUAAUUUAACAACUUAUGCUAGUCGACGUGGUCACCAGUGCGCAACGCCAAAGGUUCGAAUUAUUUAUUUUAUUUUUAGAUGAAUUUGUUUUAUUUUUCUUUAUAUAAAGAUUUUAUUUGAAAUUAUCACGAGUUCAGUGACUAAACAAUAGUCGUAGUUAUAAAAUAGUCACUUUAUUCUUCGACAGAAUUACGAAAUCUUUGCAAUAAUUAAUCACUUAACGACUUACCGUCCACCGCGUGAUUGCAUUUUUUAUGAAUCUCAUAAAAUUUUAAUUUGUAUCGAUAUUUUUAAAAGUAUUACUAGGUUUAAGUGAGAAGUGUUUAGUUUAGUUGUGUUCGUUUGUGAUAUUCCUAAACUGCCCAAUUCCAAAUUGUUAAAUUAUUUAGCACAAAAUCUGCAAUGAUUGGAGACCUGCUAGCUACGAUGAUAUAUAAACAUUUCCGGGCAGUUUAUACGUCGAUAUUGAAAUAGUGACUAACGUUCCAAGAUAGUAAACAUGAACGUAGAUCCUUAAGCUGUACGUACUCAUCAGUUACAGCCACUUAUUAACCGAUCUCUCAUAUAUUUUUUAAAUUGAUUAUACCUAAUAUAUUAUUUCAAAAUAUUUUUUGCAGCAGAGCUGUUUUAGUUACGAUCUUAUUUAAUGUGUAGUAAAAUUAAAUUCUUAACUUUUUUUAGCUAACAUCAAUGAUUUUUCUUUUUCAAUUUUAUAUAUGCUUAUUUGUAGAACUAGUGCCAUAUCCCAAAGAUGUAAGUCGCAGUGUAAUGUCUAAUAUCGCUGUCACUGACCAGUGAAUUUAUUAGCUUGAGUACAAAGUGUGGAAUAGUGAGAUACAUCGGCAAAGUUUUAAUCUCGUAUAUACUAUGUGAAAAUAUAUUUUGAAUAUGCUAAAUAAAAGUUGAAAGCGA